AAUAUGAGUGAGUUUUUAAAUGGUAGACGUCAUACCGACACGUAGUUUAACACCAAAUGAAAAAUUCAAAAUUGCUGAUUUUAACAUUGUAAUUAUGAGUUUAAAUAAUCUUUUUCUAAUUGCAAGUAUAUGCCACGUCAAAGGUCAAUAUUAUGAUGAUUUACCAUUGAAACCUGAUAAAUGCUUAGGAACAGAUGAAUUAUUUAAUCGAAAAUGUUGUGUCUUCCCUCCAUUUUUUGAUCGAGAAGUUGCUAGAUCAUGUGGUGGCAUGUUUUCAUUAAUUUACUUGAACAAAGAGGCCAAUAUGACAAUUAUACGAAGAGAGACCACAGAAGAGUGUCAUUACUGGCAAUGUAUUCUGGAUAAGUACAAGAUUUUAAACAGCGACAAAACUGUAAAUGAAGAAAAGUUUUUCACAUAUUUAGACAAAUGGACUACGUUUAAUCCUGCAUUUAGUUCUAUCAUAUUGAGCGCAAAAAUUCACUGCAGACAAGUGUACAGGAGGUACAUGCCACUAACUACUUGUGAGUUUUUCAGUUUGCAAAGCUGCCUUCGAAAUUUCGUUAAUGUGGAUUGCCCAAAGGUAGUAAACUCAAAAGAAUGUUUCGAAUGGAAGGAAUUCUUUGAAGAAUGCAAAGAAUUUUUUAUUUAAAAUCAUACAUCGUUCUAAUUUGAAAUAUUGCAUUUAUUCUGGAAUGAUAAUUACAAUGAAAUGAACUAACUCUAAGUGCUAACUACAAUAUAUUUUUACAGAAA